GGAGCCAGUACUGCCAGGCCUGCCGUCGCGCGUGCGUCACAGCCAAUGGAAGAGCAGCGAGCAGUCGAGCCUUCAUAAACCGACCCUCCGAUCACGUGACUCCACACGAUGGGCUCCGUCGGAGUUCGCGUCGACCUCCUCACUCUAGAGCUGCGCUACUGGACUAUGUUGUUGUGCCGGAGAGCGAACGAACCCCCUUCCACAUAUUUUCCGAAGGACUCGUAUCGCCUCUCGAGGUGAAGUGUAGGGAUCUUGAGUACUGCCGCACCGAAGGACCUGGAAGGAGAGGACCGUACCACAGCUCUCCACCGGCCCCUCUAGAACCCCUCUAGAACCCCUCCAGAACCUGAGCCAUCAAGGCGGCGGAGAACGCACACCGCCCGCCGGAAGCCCGCUCGGGGAUGGUCGAUCACCUGUCGUUUGGCGAGGAGACCUUCCUGUGCUACGCCGGUCACCAUGGCAACGGGCCGGCCUCGUCGCCCCCGCCGCCGGGCGCCACCGGGACAGACGACUCCGUCUACCACCACCACCACCACCACCACCACCACCAGCGCCACCUCCAGGAGCUGACGCUGUUCUCCUCGCCCUUCAGCUCGGAGGACGACCUGAGCGACUCCAGCCCAGGCUCCUCCCUCUGCUCAAGCCCCGACUCUUCCUCCUCCUCCUCCUCCUCCUCCUCUCUGGGACACCUCCUCCUGGACUCCUCCUCUUCGCGCUAUGAGGGCAGGAGUGGCAGCAAGGGGAGCAGCUCUUCCUCUGGGAGGGAGAGCCCCGACGCCCUGCUGGACCUCCUCCUCUCGCAGGGCUCGCUCUCCACCCCUCUGGUGAGCCACGGGGGCAGCCCGCCCUCCAGCACCUCCUCCUCCUCCUCCCCGCUGCUGCCCAUGGGCCUGGCCUGGGAGGCCCGGAGGGAGCAGCGCCUCAGCCUCCUGUCGCAGGGGGGCAGGGAGGAGGAGGAGGAGGAGAGCUUUGUGCUCCCCGUCUUCAUGGAGGAGCUCCACGAGCCCUCUGCGAGCCUCCUCUUCCAGCCGACCCUGGAGGAGAUCGACGAGUUCCUGGAGGAGAACAUGCAGGCGGCCGCCGGGAAGGAGGAGGAGCAGGUGAUGGAGGAGGACGACGAGGGAGAGGAAGAGGCGGCGGAGCGGAUGUCAGAAGACACCGAGGCUGGGAGUCCCAGGGCGUUGGCGGCGGCAGUCCUCCGGUCGGAGGAGGAGACCUCGGACCAGAUGGUUCCUGUGGCGUGCGGCGCCGUCGUAGCCCGCUCCCCCGGGACCUCAGCGGCGAGCGACGAAGCGUCCGCCGCUGAGAGCGAGCCCUCGUCCCCGUCGGCGGCGUACGCCGGUCGUACCGCCCGCUGUGGCUCCGCGUGGAGCGACGGGGCCGCGGCGGUCGCCGUGAAGCAGGAGGAGAGCCUGUCGCCUCCCGCCUCCACGGACGGCUCCGACGCGUCCUCCACGGCGCCGGUGAUCCUGCAGAUCCAGCCGAUCCAGAUCAAACAGGAGUCCGCCUUCCCCCCCGCGCCGACGCCCAACCCGGCGGCCCCCCAGCCCUCCUCGGACAUCAAGAUCGCCCAGCUCCUGGUCAACAUCCAGGGCCAGACCUUCGCCCUGGUUCCCCAGCUGGUUCCCCAGGUCAGCGUGGCCGGAACCGCGACCCCGGGAACCGCGGCCGUCCCGCCCUCCAAGUUCGUCCGCAUCGCCCCCGUGCCGAUCGCGGCCAAGCCGGCGGGGCCGGGCGAGGGCGGGGACCCGGCUGAGGGCUUCCUGUUCGCCAGCCACAAGUACCAGAAGAGCUCGGUGGCCGACCUCAUCAAGAUGCACAAGUGCUCGUUCCCCGGCUGCAACAAGAUGUACACCAAGAGCAGCCACCUGAAGGCCCACCUCCGGAGGCACACCGGGGAGAAGCCCUUCGCCUGCACCUGGCCCAGCUGCGGCUGGAGGUUCUCCCGGUCGGACGAGCUGUCCCGCCACCGCCGGUCCCACUCCGGGGUGAAGCCCUACCAGUGUGUGGUGUGCGAGAAGAAGUUUGCGCGCAGCGAUCACCUGUCCAAGCACCUCAAAGUCCACCGCUUUCCACGAAACAGCAGGACGGCCCGAUCCGGAACCUGAACCCCCCCCCCCCCCCCCCCCCCCGCCCGGGACAGCCAGGACACCCCCGGCACCUGACACCCGACCCGGACCCAGGGGCGUGCGUGUGUGUGUGUGUUUGUGUCCGGGGCGAGAGACACAGAGCGCCAGAGAGAGAGAGAGAGAGAGAGAGUGUGGUAACAGUACGCUGUCGGUCCACCUUUUCUGUUCCAAGGGAUCGUUUGCUGGACGUUGUGACGUCAGCCGCCAACCGUGCCGUGUGUGCUUUUGUGCGUGUGUCUCUGUGCGUGUCUGUCUCUGUGUGUGUCUCUGUCUGUGUGUGUGUGUGUGUGUGUGCGUGCGUGUGUGUCUCUGUGUGUGCGUUCGGCAUGUACGCGUGACGCAUGCUGGCGCUGCUGUGAUAAUUUAUUGGGUGGCGAGGUCUCUGGGGGGGGGGGCGCAGAGUGUCACGGAGACCUGAGCCGCCUGAACUGGGACCAGCAGCAUAAGCUUUCCCCCCCGUCCCGCUCCUCUCACGCUGAAUCACGUGAAGCCCCGCCCGGACGUCCUGGGGUCCUACCCUUUGGUUUGUGCGUUCAUCAUCGUCAUCCUCAUGAACUCCUUCGGCAAGGCGAGGACUUUUACUUUGAAAUGUGGGAUCUAUUGAGAGGAUUCCUCUCCAGAGUCAAUGAUGCACCCACGUUCCUUAAUCUUCAACAAGCCGGGCGGGUUGCCAGGGACGACCAAGGAGCUCGGACGUGACCCCUGACCUCAGACAGGUGCAGGAGACAACACCAGAGUGGCUAGCUUGGGUUAAUGUUGGAUUAUUGCCCACAGUCCCGGGCUGCGUCGUUAUGUAACUCUGUUGACGGCCGGUCUGGGACAAACAGACUCUUCUGUUCCUUCUGUUCCUGGCUUGUUCUGGUG